UCUUGAAGCUAGCUAAAUGAUCACCUUACUGUUGUGUUCUUGGGAGAGUAAUUUUCCAUGUUGAUCGAGAUUGCCCAGCGCUUCUAUGAUUAGAGAACACCGAGACCGAUCCUUGUUCUCAUGCGUAAGCAUCUGCAUCUGCGUGGUCCUGGUGAGAUCCAGCAAAAAAUGCUGAUGAGAAUUUCAAAUGUAAGUAAGCCACUGCAGCAGUUUAACAAACUAUUAAGAGCGUCCUCUUGUUUCUCUUUUUUCGAGACGUCUAACGCAGCCUCCCUUUGAAAUAUAAUCAAAUAAAUUAUCAGAUGAAAAAUAAGAUAAUGAGAAUGACUUUUUUAUUCGAUUCGUUCUCGUAUCCUCGUCGUCCGAGGUUGGUUUUCGUGUCAGAGCCAGGCUGCACCAGCAAAGACUCUGGCAUGAAGAUGAAGAUCACCAGCAUUACGUUCUCACACCACCUACGGGUAGUACAAGUCUGGCAAAAUAAGUAACGACCUUUUGUGGUCCUUUUGUACUUGUGAGUCCUUUUGCUCAACAUGCAAUGUGUAAAUCGGCUUAGUGCGGCAGCGUUUGGCUACAUCCAUAGUGCGCAAGGCACACAGUCUGGUGCGGAGUCGUCGUUCGUGGAGAUGGGGCCGGCCCUGUCGGCAUUGGGAGGCGCCCUGGCGCACAUGUGCGCACCGGGGGCGCCGGGCCACGGUGGACACGCCAUGCCAGCCGCAAUUAUAGGCGGAGGCGAAGCAGCAAGGAGGUGGGCGGAACGCGGCCAGGAGGUCGAGUCCUCAUCCUCGGGAGGCGGGUCUCCAUCCUCGGGAGACGGGUCUUCUCAAUCGUCCGCCACCACGGACACGCAAUAAAGAGAUGACGUUGCUGCUGUGCAAGAAAUGACGUGAACUUUCUGGAACUUGAAAAAUGAUCUUCAACGACAAACCUGCGCAGAAUUCAAAAAUGCGCCGAGCGCUUAUUCGGCGACGGUCUUGAUUUCGCCCUUGAACUGUUACAGUGAUGAAAUUAAUAU